AUGAGCGUUCCUUCUUUUAUGCCCCAUGGCUCAAACCCACAGACAGCCUCUUUCACCUGUAAUACCUGUGGAAUCAAGUUUGUCACGGCAGAGUUGCAAAGACAGCAUAUGAAGACCGACUGGCACCGGUACAAUCUAAAGAGACGUGUGGCGGAGUUGCCAUCGAUCACCUCAGACGUUUUUGCCGAAAAAAUAUUGAACCAGCAAACUUCUCAGGAACCUGCUGAGGAGGACGAAUAUGGAUUCUAUGUAGCCCGUAGAAGGACCAAAGCCACCGGAAAUGGCAGGCAGAUCACCAAGAAGUUGAUCAAACAACAGCAAAGACAAUUACACGAAGCCAGAGGAAGACCAGAACAGUCUGAAGUUGUUUCUGGAUCUUCCUUGAGAGCAGCUAGUCCUGCGACUUCCAUAGCUUCGGAGUUUUCGCAAUUUUCACUUGGUGAUUCCGACCAACUUCAUGAAGUGGCUUCUACCACAGAAACAGGCUCUGAGUUAAACUACUCGGAGUCGGACUUCACUGACUUGGAAGGUGACUUACUAAGCGAAGAAGACGAAGUGGAAGACCAUGAUGCAGAUUCGUUGCAAGAAAUCGAAUCUAUACCGAUCACUCAUUGCUUCUAUUGUGGGGACAACAACCAUGAGGUGGAGAACAAUAUUAGACAUAUGUACAGUAGGCACGGGUUGUAUAUACCCGAAAGAUCUUACUUAGUGGAUUUGGAAGGGUUGCUCCACUUUUUGAGCGAAGUAGUUUCUAUAGACCACGAGUGUUUGGUGUGUGGCUUUGAGGGUAAAAACUUGGAGAGUAUCAGACAGCAUAUCUACGCCAAGGGUCAUUGCAAGAUUCCGUAUGAGAGCAAGGAGGAAAAACAGGCGAUGGCGGAGUUCUACGACUUCUAUACGGAGGAGGAAAAGCCGAAGAGAGCUAGCACUUCGAAAUCAGUUGCAUUUAAAGAAGUUGAUGAUCAAAUACUUGUGGAUGAUGACGAUGAAAAUGUUGAUGAUGACGAUAGGAUGGCAAUCGACAACGGAAUCAACGACAACUACUCCUUGGUUCACGUAGACAGAAGCGGGGUAGAGUUGACAUUGCCUACUGGCUCGAGAAUUGGCCACAGGUCCAUGGCAAGAUAUUAUCGCCAGAACAUCGCCUUGCCCACUGAGCCCAGUGAAUCAUCCAAGACGGUGGCUCUUGUGGAUCGUAGAUUUGCAUCGGGAUUGUCUGCAUAUCAAGUCUCGAAGGAGGAGAAGGAGAUCAGAAAGAUCGAGCUGCAGGUCAGAAACAACUACGAGAGAAAGACCAAGAACAGGAGAGUUAACUUCCAAAAGCAUUUCCGUGACGAGCUCUUGGGACCCAUGUAG